UUUCAAAGCUGAAGGUAGAAGUUGCCAUUUCGUGGGUUUUAGGGUUAGGGUUUUUUCUGCAUCCAAACAAAAGGUUAGGGUUUUUUCUCUAAUUGCAACGAAAUGGGGUUCAACAUUCAACCCUAUGGGAUGCAAUCCAUGCUGAAGGAAGGUCACAAGCAUCUUUCUGGUCUUGACGAAGCAGUUCUCAAGAAUAUUGAUGCCUGCAAGCAGCUUUCCACUAUCACUCGAACUUCUCUUGGUCCUAAUGGUAUGAAUAAGAUGGUUAUAAAUCAUUUGGACAAGCUUUUUGUCACGAAUGAUGCUGCUACAAUUGUAAACGAACUUGAAGUUCAGCAUCCUGCUGCCAAAAUUUUGGUUUUGGCUGGGAAGGCUCAACAAGAGGAAAUUGGGGAUGGAGCAAAUUUAACUAUUUCAUUUGCUGGUGAGCUCCUGCAGAGCGCCGAGGAACUUAUCAGGAUGGGUCUGCACCCGAGUGAGAUCAUCAGUGGAUAUACUAAAGCAAUCAAUAAGACUGUUGAAAUAUUGGAUGAACUGGUUGAGAAAGGUUCAGAGAAUAUGGAUGUCCGUGAUAAGAAGCAAGUUAUUUCUCGAAUGAAAGCAGCUGUUGCCAGCAAGCAAUUCGGUCAAGAAGAUACCAUAUGCUCACUUGUUGCUGAUGCAUGCAUCCAAGUGUGUCCAAAAAACCCUGCAAACUUUAAUGUGGACAAUGUUCGUGUUGCAAAGCUCUUGGGAGGGGGUUUGCAUAACAGCACAGUUGUUCGGGGAAUGGUUUUGAAAAAUGAUGCUGUUGGGACUAUAAAGCGAACAGAAAAGGCAAAGGUUGCUGUGUUUGUUGGUGGUGUUGAUACAUCUGCAACUGAAACUAAAGGAACUGUCCUCAUACAUACAGCUGAGCAGCUAGAAAAUUAUUCAAAAUCUGAAGAAGCUAAAGUGGAGGAGCUCAUUAAGGCAGUAGCAGAUUCUGGUGCCAAAGUUAUUGUCAGUGGAGCAGCAGUAGGAGAGAUGGCUUUGCAUUUUUGUGAGCGUUACAAGCUUAUGGUUCUGAAAAUCAGUUCAAAGUUUGAACUGCGUCGAUUUUGCCGGACAGCUGGUGCUGUUGCUCUGCUGAAACUCAGCCAACCAAACCCAGAUGAUCUUGGAUAUGUUGAUUCUAUAUCAGUUGAAGAAAUUGGCGGUGUCAGGGUGACCAUUGUGAAAAAUGAAGAAGGUGGAAAUUCUGUGUCCACUGUUGUUUUACGAGGAAGUACCGAUAGUAUAUUAGAUGAUCUUGAAAGAGCAGUUGAUGAUGGAGUAAACACUUACAAGGCCAUGUGCAGGGAUAGCCGUAUUGUACCUGGAGCUGCAGCUACUGAAAUUGAGUUAGCUAAAAGGGUGAAAGACUUUUCUUUCAAGGAGACAGGAUUGGAUCAAUAUGCUAUUGCAAAAUUUGCUGAAAGUUUUGAAAUGAUUCCUAGAACUUUGGCUGAGAAUGCUGGACUAAAUGCAAUGGAGAUCAUCUCUUCUUUAUAUGCAGAACAUGCAUCUGGAAAUACCAAAGUUGGCAUUGAUUUGGAAGAAGGCGUUUGUAAGGAUGUCUCAACCACGAGUGUUUGGGAUCUCCAUGUGACUAAGUUCUUUGCUCUGAAAUAUGCUGCAGAUGCUGUAUGCACCGUACUAAGGGUGGACCAGAUUAUUAUGGCAAAACCAGCUGGUGGCCCAAGGAGAGAGCAACCUGCUGCUGGCAUGGAUGAAGACUAAAAUUGUUAGAAUUGAUUGUUGCUUUGGUCAUGUUUGUAUCCCAACACGAAGUCUUGAACUUGGGCAACUUUGGCCUUAGGCGUGUUGGUAUCUUAACAAAUUUUGAAUUUUGAUUUUCUAUGGAAUACAAAGAGAUUUGGUCUGUAAAUUUAAUUUAAUUUUAGUCCUCUUAUUAUGAGUGGUGGUUUUCAUUUG